ACUACCGAGACCGCGGACUCUUUUACGCAGAUCAUGAUCGACGCGGGGCUCAAGUACGACGAGGUCUGGGGGGCGCUCGCUAUGAGUUUGGUGAACCAGAUGGACACCUUCCUGGACGGCAGCGAUACCUACAAAGAGAGCGAGAAGAAGGUCUUCUACGAGUACUUCCAGAAGCACCUGGCCCAGAAGCUGCCGACGGAUGUUGCCAAGCAGGUGCUGCACUUCCGUUACAAGAAGUUCAAGCCGACGAAGAACCAGGACAGGGCCACGGUGGCGGCGGAGGAGAAGAAGGGCAGGCUCACGUUCGCCUUCUCAUACGAUGAGCCAGGGAGGGAGGCGCGGUCGCUGUUGAUUCAGUUUCUGAACUCGGACAAGGCCAAGGCGACGCAGCUGGUGGGACCUGCCCCAAGGGGCCCCCUCGAGCGCGAGGCGGCGAGGCUCCUGGCGAUCUUCGAGAAGGGCGGUGGCAAGGACAAGGAUCAG